UAUUGUAAUUAUUUUAUUUUUAAUUUAUCAGAAAAAAAUCAGUUAAAUUGUUCUAUGUUCACAAGUAAACUUUCUAUUUGUUUUGGGAUUGCAAAAUAAAAUAGAGUAAUCUAUUACACAGUGGUUUUUAUUUCGUUUUUAUUUUAUUUUAUUUUAUUUUUAAUGAUUAUUAGAUUGAGUGUUUUGUAUUUGCCAAAAUAGGGAGUUUACGCUUGAAAUCCAGAAAAUUUAAUGACUUGGAAUAAAUUAAUAUAUUAGAUUUACAAAACUGAAAAUAUGUUAUAAAACCAACAAGGAAUUUAAGCUCUUGAAGAUUGCAACAAAUAAAAAAAUUCAUUGCCUGUACAUUAUUAAAUGCACAUGUUGAGAUAAGUGAAUGGAAAUGAAGAAGUUAGAGAAUUAUGAUCAACAUUUCUUAGAAUUUGAAAGAAAAAGUAUCAAAAUGUAAGAAGGUAAAAAAGUAAACUUAAUUGAGAGCAUAUAAAUAUAAAACACAACUACGUUUUAAAGAAAUCGUUUUAUGAAUUAACCAAAAAAUAAUUGUAAUAUCAUAUUGUAAGGCUUAGGAUGAGCCUAAUGUUGUAAAGGAGUGAUUCUAAAUCAUUGGAUCACAGAAAGAAAAGCAAUUGGAGCAAAAACAAUUAUUUCAAUAGUAAAUCUUCAAAUCAUGGUCUUCACUUAGGGAGGGUGCAGAAGGCAGGCAGGUAAGCUGGCAGGCAGGCUUUAAUCCAACAGUGCUGAGGGCGUUGUAAUGCAAUGAAGACAAAUGCAGUAAUACUACUAACACUGAAGGAAAAGUAGUUGCCAUAAUAGUAGUAAAAAUAAUAGUUGUUAUAAAGCGUAGUAACAAUACUAGCGGUGAUAAUUCUGGUUGAAGUAAUGGUGCUACUAAAACUACGACUAGGUAUGCCUUUCUGGGCUUCAUCUGUUCAUCGGCUUUUUUUCUGCUAGCAAGGGAAGUGCAGGGAACGAGUGAGGGUUGAGUUGGGGUGUGGGCCUGUGAGUUGGACUGGCACCGUUGCAGCACUAGUCACUGAAUGAUCCCGAAUGAGGAUGGCCUUAAUGGGAAAGGAGCCCCACUCAUGCGAGUAGUCCAGAGGAGUAAAGGACAUUAUAAUAUUGCUACAUAAUGCCACGAAAAAAUAUGGAGAGAUAUAGAUAUAUAGAGCACAAAUGAAUGAGUGAAUGAAUGAAUGAUGAGAGUAGUAAGCGAGGACGAAAUGGGGAAGGGAAUGUGAGGUUGUAGCGGAGUCACUGACCCACCUCCCCGUCUCCGCCCCCUCUGGCUCGUUCACACGCUGGUGCAUUAAACUCACUCACUGCACCGCAUUGCUCCUCCACAUGCCCCCCCCCCAAUUCAUGCUGCCAUUCCACACUUAUAACGUUUGUGUGUGUGUGUGAGAGAGAGUAUAUGUGUGUGACUUCAUCUUUGUGGGUCAACGUGUUCCGCUGCAAAUCGUGAGCAAUCCCCCUGAAGUGGCAAAUAGUACCGCAAGUGCCACGGAAGAUGUUAGAUGGCUGAUAUUGAUGAGCUACAGAAGAGCUGCGGAACAGACCAUUGGAAUGAGAAUUAGCUGCUAAGCUGCUGGGGGGAGAAUAAUGGAAAGGGAGGAGUAGAUGAGCACAAAGAGGAUAAUGUGUGUCGCUCCGCUAUGAAUUUCCCUGAACCCCACGCUGGUCGACACACCCACUAGUCAAGUGCAGAGGUCCACAAUCAUGAUGAAUGCAUGGGACCCCGUGGUUGUAUACUUAAGACCCGGUAAUCGUAUUUUGCUUAAUGCUUGAGAGUGGAUCAGUGGCUUGAAGCGAUUGCAGGAGCUUGCAAUAAAUGGCCUCAAUCGGGGGGUGUGUAGAGUGUACCUAGCCAGUGCAUUCAUUUUUUAUCCUACGAGAGCUAAGCGGUAUUUAAAAGACGGGUUCCUCCAGGCUGCCAACCUUCUGCCGCUCUCGUCAUGGUUGCCUCCAUGUCCUCCCACCACCAGCCAAACCAUUAAUACCGCAGCGACACAGGCUGCCGGGGGGCCAGCUGCCAAUGGAUCUGCAGAAACGCUUGGCAUUAUACAACUAAAGGGUCGAAACCACGCGCCGGUCACACCCGCUGCUCGACUGUGAGAGGAGCUAGAGAUAAUGGGGUGCGCGGAGCAUGCAACCUUUUUUAUUCGCCUUUUUACGAAAGAAUUCGCAUCGGUUAUUGCAGAGAGUGAUAAGAGUCGAAAUGAUAUUGCAGGGAUGAUAGUAUUGGUGUUUAUGCGCACAAGGAACACUGAGCUUUGUCAGUGAAGUGGCUGCUAAGGAAGCUCAUUAACAUGUGGAGUUGGGAGUUGUCUAACCUUGUGGACAUCGUUGUGCUCGCAUAGCUGCGAGUGGGGGAAGAUCAGUUGCAUCCUCGAAAACGAUCUCGUUUAGUUGCUCGGAGUGGUCGAGCUUCAUGGAGUAGAAGUGGUCACAGAAGGUUGAGGCAGAGUUUCUGUGCCGUGCAUUUUUCUGCACAGAAAUUCAGUUAGUUCCUACAGGGUGGAAGAAAACUUAUCGAAUGUUGUGAUAUACUGGGUGAAGUCUCUACAUCCAGUGGUGAAAGGGAGACGGGUGCAACGGUUUCGAUAUGGUUGGGAUUUUUCUCUAACCCAAAGUUGGCUGGGAAUGCGUCAUUGUCGAGAAGGAGCUGAGAAUCUUCCGCUUGUCCAGGUGGUUCAACAACUGCUUUAUUGAUUCACAAUCUGUGUGAGUUACAAUGCCGGUUGGAGAUUCAAACAUGGAGGCUCAGAGAGCCCCGCUUCUUCGUGGAUUAUCGGCCGAAUUAUUAAACCGUCCUCAGCUGCCAGAUUUCCUGAAAACUGUGAAUCUCAAGUAUGUAAAAUUGGGGUACCACAUAGUCAUCUCGCACGCCAUGUAUCUUCUGAUGCUGCCCGCCCUGCUCACCAUCUUCGCCGAGGUCGGCCGCCUCAGCCACCACGAUGUCGGUGACCUCUGGAGGCAGCUUCAGUACAACCUGGUCAGUGUGCUCGUCACCUCUGGGGCCCUCGUCUUCGGUGCCACAUUGUACUUUAUGACCCGCCCACGACCCGUGUACCUCGUUGAUUACGCAUGCUACAAGCCCGAAGACGAAAACAAGUGCUCACACAAGCUCUUCUUGGAUCGGACGAUCGAUUCGGGUUCUUUUACUCCGGAGAAUAUAGACUUCCAGAGAAAGAUCAUCGAAAGGUCCGGUUUGGGGCAAGAGACUUACUUACCCCCAGCAGUGCUUGCAAAGCCGCCAUGUCCCAACAUGGCGAUGGCGCGCGCAGAGGCCGAGAAGGUUAUGUUCGGCGUAUUGGACGAGCUCUUCGAAACGACGGGUGUAAAGCCGAAGGACAUCGAUAUUCUAGUGGUGAAUUGCAGCUUGUUCAAUCCCACGCCGUCAUUGUCGGCCAUGAUCGUCAACCAUUACAAGCUGCGGGGUAACAUCCAGAGCAUCAACCUUGCCGGAAUGGGAUGCAGCGCCGGGGUCAUCUCCAUCGACUUGGCCAAGGAUCUCCUCCAAGUGCACCCCAAUGCAUACGCUGUCGUCUUAUCCUUCGAGAACAUUACCUUGAACUGGUACUUCGGCAACGACCGGUCGAAGUUAGUCUCGAACUGCAUCUUCCGGAUGGGCGGCGCGGCCAUGCUUCUCAGCAACAAGCGAAGCGCUCGGUCCCGUUCUAAAUUCCAGCUCGUGCACACCGUGAGAACGCACAAGGGCGCCGAUAAAAAAUGCUUCCAGUGUGUCUACCAGGAAGAGGAUUCCCGUGGCACGACAGGGGUCUCCCUCUCCCGCGACUUGAUGUCCGUCGCAGGAGAUGCCCUCAAAGCGAACAUCACCACUCUGGGUCCCCUCGUCCUCCCGCUGUCAGAGCAGCUCAUCUUCUUCGCAAAACUCGUUGGUCGGAAGUUCUUCAAAAUGAAAAAGAUCAAGCCAUACAUCCCGGAUUUUACCCUCGCAUUCGAGCACUUCUGCAUCCAUGCUGGAGGGCGAGCUGUGCUCGAUGAGAUUGAGAAGAACUUGGAUCUCACCGAAUGGCACUUGGAGCCUUCGCGUAUGACCCUAUACCGAUUCGGCAACACCUCCAGCUCCUCUCCCUGGUAUGAACUAGCUUACGUAGAAGCCAAGGGGCGCGUCAAGCGUGGAGACCGGGUGUGGCAAAUCGCUUUCGGCUCCGGAUUCAAGUGCAAUUCUGCGGUUUGGAAAGCUCUGCGAACUCUGAAGCCGUCCGCGCGCGGAGUGUGGUCGGAUUGCAUCGACAAGUUGCCGGUGUCGGUACCCACCGCUGCAAAUCUCGUCUCUUGAGAUAUAGGGCGUUAGGGUUCCGCCGAUUCAUUACGUGAUCAGAAUAAAUCACAAGCUGUUUAUUCUUGUAAUUAUUCUAGUCACACAUGUAGGUUGUAACAGUACACUUUAUUCACUUGUGUCAUCUGAAAUAAAUUUCUACCACCAAAUGAGGAAAAAAUGGAUGGUCUUCGAUAAGGUUGCCAUGAUUGGUCUUGUGCCUGUUAUCUAUCCAACUUCUAUGCCGAUGAAGAAGAAGCCGCAAUUUCAAGGUUUCCCUGCGUCCGAAGUUAUGUAGCGAAAUCUUCAACGAGGUCAAGUAACUGUCUGGUCUUUAUUCGUAUAUAUAUCUAUAUAUGAUCACUUAUUACUGGAUGCGAUUCAUGUGAACCAUGUGAAAAGCGACUGGAACAUGAAGUUAAACAAAUCGUAGCGGAGUGGUUAUCUUAUGAGGUUUAUUCAAUUCAA